AUGACCUCCGACUUCCACCAUUCUCUCGAGCCCUUCCCUCUCUUCAUCGACUCGGCUCCUCCCAAUUCGGCCAACUACUUCUCCUCCCCCAUGGCCAUGGCUGCCAUCCAGCUCCUAGCCACCUCCAGCUCCUCCUCCUCGCACCACUCCCUCCGCCUACCGUUUGUCUCUCUGCCAUCGAAGUUAUCGAAUUACCUGCGAUUGCGAUACUACCAGUAUGAAGUCACCUUCGGGCUUUAUGUUAUGACCCCGGGCGAGAAACUCGUCUUCAACUCGGUCGUCCUUGUCGCUCUCACCGCCCUGCUCUACGCGCUCUUCUGGGGCUUCCAGCCAUUUGUUGUCAACGCUCUGUGCCGGCUGAUAUACUACGUGACUGGAUCCUUCUCCAGUGCUCCACAACUGUGCUCAUGA